GUAAGGGUUAAAAAGGAUAAAAUACACUUUUUAAUGUAAAAAUAUGGAGUACUUUAUUAGAAAAAAUAAAAAAAUAAAAAUAGAAUUGUUUUAUGAAAAUGGAGGAGUACAACUCUACAAGAAAUCAAUACUGGAGAUUUUAUUUAGGAGUAUAUAAAUUGAAAAAGACUAAACAAAAGUUGGAGUUCCUUUUUUCCCCUUUUCUAUAAAAUCAGAAACGAUUGAUUGAUGCUGCUUGAUUUGUUUUUGAUGUAUGAGAUUGAUGUCUCCUGUUCUCAGUGAAAUCCUCCGUUCCGGUUUUAUGAUCAGCAACUCUUUCAUACGCAGAGCUCAUCUUGUUCAAUCCUUCUCCGUCGUCUUCCUCUACUGGUUUUAUGUUUUCUCAGAAAUUGACCGCCUGAUCUGCAUCGUCUAGGUAUCUAGACUGCAAGAUUUACAUAGAUUUUCUCGUGGAAAUAUAUAAUAAUAAGUAAUAAGGAAAAAAAAGUGAAAUCAUCGGCUGUAAUUUUAGCGAUUUCUAGUGUUUCGGAGUUUCUGGCGGUGUAAAAAAUGGCGUCGUCGAGCGGGAAUUCAUCAGGGUCGGCCGUACAGAUCACGAAUUCCGGCUCGGAGGGAGAUCUGCAGACGCUGAUGGACGAGAGGAAGAGGAAGCGGAUGCAAUCGAACAGGGAAUCGGCGAGGAGGUCGAGGAUGAGGAAGCAGCAGCAUCUGGACGAGAUGAUGGCGCAAUCGGCGCAGCUCAAGGCGGAGAACGGCCAGAUCCAGGGCAAGAUAAACGCGACGACGCAGCAUUUCGUGGCGAUCGAGGCGGAGAAUUCUGUUCUGAGGGCUCAGAUGAUGGAGCUGAGCCACAGGCUUCAGUCUCUGAAUGACAUCCUCAGCUACAUCGACUCGUGCUCCAUCAAUGGCGUCUUCGAUUCACUUGGGGACGAUUGCUGCUUCCAGCAGACAGGGGGUGGGAUUCCACCUCACCAGGCCAAUUAUCUGAUGAAUAACGGCGGCAGCAGCAGCAAUCCAUGGAUGCUCAUGAACCAGCAGCCCAUCAUGGCUUCUGCCGAUUUCCUCCAGUAUUGACCGGGCACGGCGGCGUCGCCGCCGUGGGGUAUAACUGGAAAUGUCUUUA